UUACGGAUUAGAAGUAAACAUUCAUAAGAGACGAACGAAAACUUCGAAAUUAGGGAUAUUUUUUGUUAUAAGGAUCGCAGAAUAAACAGCAAAAAUGGCAAUAAGCUUAGAAGAUUAUUUUAGAACAACAUUUGAGGACAAGCUCCUCGUUAAAAUGCCAGAGCGUGAAGAUGACCAUCUCACUCCUGCCACACGCUUGUUGGAGAAACGCAGAGAAAUGGCUGAGGUGGAACAGGCCUUGGCUGCACAGAAAGAGGAAUUUCAAAUGAAAAUGGAAAGUUUGCAGCAAAGGAGAGAAGAGUUGGAAAGGAAAGAAUAUCAACUUAAAAAAUCACUUUUACAGUUUGACAAAUUUUUAAAGGACAAUGACUCUAAGAAAGCAAGAGCAGUAAAGAAAGCCAAUGAUGAGAGAGAUAUGAAGAGGCAGAAAGAAAAGGAAAUUGAAAAAUUAAAAGAAGAAACAGGUGAUCUUGGAAGAACUAAAGACAGACUACAGAGAAAGUUAGAAAAUUACUCCAUAUUUCAUAAGUAUAUGGAGAAGGCGUUAGAGAGAGGAGAAGAGUUUCAUGAGAUGAGAGAUGUUAUAGCAAGAUAUGACACACUUACUGCCACACAUGAGGAUCUUUUAAAAAGUGACCAAAAGAAUCAAGAAGUUAUUGAAAGGCAUAGACAACAGCUUAAUAAAUAUAUUGAAGACAAGGAUAAUGAGAUCCUGUCAUAUAACAACCAGUUAUCAAGUUUACAGACCCGUCUUGAUGUAGCACAGAGUGAAGCUGUCAAGUGGGAGUCACAGUGGACACAUAUCAAAAAUACGGCUGCCAAGAAAACAUUAGAACUUGGAAGAAUCAAAAUGGCAACUCAUAACUUGUAUCAACUUGUGAAACGUCACCAGAAACAAGCUGCCCAGGCAGAGGAGACCCCAGACCAAUUAAACCAG